AUGACGGACGUCUUCAGUAAAUACACCUUGGCUGUCCCCACCAGGGACCAACGUGCGUCCACUGUAGCACAGGUCCUGAUCUCGGAGUGGUUUGCGAAGCUUGGUGUCCCAGCUCGGCCUCAGGGCUUUCUUCUGCUCACCGGAGCCCCUCCCAAACUCCACCCGACCUUUCGAGCACAGAGUCUCAAGCGGGGGAGCUUCCUCUGCGCAGAUCCACCCGGGCUACUGCAGCUUCGUAUCGCUAUCGCACUUUGUUUCGCUGCUCUGCCUUGUGACUGUUUCACCCCACUGUUUUGCUGCUCCAUGUCCUUCGCAGCUGUGGACGCCUGCGUCUAG